AUGGAUAGCAAUAAUAUCAGAAUAUUAUGUAAAGCUAUCAAAGAGAAUCCACUAGAUGUGGGAGGGUUCUUAAAUUUAGCAGAGAGUAUGAAAAAGAAUAAAAUUAAAUCAACUAAUCAAAUAAAGUUACCAGAAUGUGGUAGUAGAACAUCAGUAGAAGAUAUUUACGUUCAUAUCAUCGAAAGAGUACCAAAGGGAAGAAAUUGUGUUGAAGCUUGGUUAGGUGCUGCCUCUCUAAUGGCUGUAACUUGUAAACAUGAAAUUGGUGGUUCCUAUCACACAAAGAAAUCAAUCUAUAAACAAAUCUUAGAAUGGGAUCCAAAUUGUGCUGAAGCAAAUGUUUGUCUAGCUGAUUGUAUUGAAUUAGAUGAAAUUGUAACUCUAAACAUUUCAACUGAUUCACCAAUAUAUAAUCAAAAUAAUAAUAAUAACAGCAACAACAACAACAAUAAUAAAAAUAAUAAUAAUAAUAAUAAUAAUAAUAAUAAUAAUAAUAAUAAUAAUAAUAAUAAUAAUAAUAAUAAUAAUAAUAAUAAUAAUAAUAAUAAUAAUAAUAAUAAUAGUAAUUUAAAUGUUAUAGAGACAACAAAGAAACAAUUGUAUCUUAAAGGGUUAGCAUUGAAUCCAAAUGAUCAUAUAACAUUAAAUAAUUUGGCAACUAUUUAUUUAAGAGAUAAUGAUAGGGAUACAUUAAAGAUAUUUACAAGUAGUGGUGUAAAGAGGAUGAAUAGAACAGAGAUGUUGUUAGCAUCAAUUGAUGUGGCACCAGAGAAUUCACAUGGAUAUCUUUCAUUAUCAUAUUAUAUGGGUCCAAAAGAUAAGAUCAAAUUGAAUGAUGGUCGUGUAAUGAGUACAGUGGAUCUAUUGUUGAAAGAGAUUAGUAUUAGACCUUACUCUUCAAAUGCAUAUGUCAAAUUAGCAAGAACCAUUGAAAGAAAGAAAAAGGAAAUCACAUUGUUAAAUGGUAAUAGGUUCUCAAUUUUAGGUCUUUAUGCUGUUGCAAUUCAUUUAGAUAAACAUAACCCAUACAUUUAUUGGAAUCUUUUACAAGCAAUGGAUAAAAUGUUUCCUCAUUGUGAUUUCAAUCCUAAAAUCAAAUUAUUAGGUGGGAAGAGUAUCACAAAAAAGGAAAUUUGUUUAAAAUUAAUUGAUUUAGAUCCAACAAAUUUCUUUGGUUAUAUUUAUUUAUCAGAUUUAGUUGAUUCAAAUUUUAAUAAUAAUAGCAAUAGCAAUAAUAAUAAUAAUAAUAAUAAUAACAAUAAUAGUAGUAAUAGUAGUAAUAGUAGUGGUGUAAAUGGAAAUAGCAGUGGAAAUCAUAAUAAUGGUAAUAGCAAUGGUUUAAAUGGAAAUAGUAAUAGUAACAAUCAUAACAAUUAUCACGGUCAUGGCCAUCAUGGACACGGACAUGGUCACCAUGGUCAUCAUGGUAAUCAUGGUAAUCAUGUUCAUCAUGGUAAUACUAAUAAUCAUAAUAACAACAACAGUGGAAAUAAUACACAUAGUAAUACUAAUAACAAUGGGAAUAUAAUUAUACCAUCAACAUGUUGGUUACCAAAUGGCGAGGAGAUGAAUAAAAAAGAUUUAUUAUUAAAGUGUAUAGAAUUGGAUCCAACAAAUGCAAGAGUUUUUAAUAAUUUAGCAAUUAUAUUAUCACCAAAUGAAACUUUAAAGCUACCAUCUGGUGAAAUUAUGAAUAAAAAACAAUUAUUAAUUCAUUCCAUAAAUUUAGAUCCAAAUCUCCCAGAACCUUAUUCAAAUUUACAAACCCUAUUAUGGUCAAAUAAUAAUAAUAAUAAUAAUAAUAAUAAUAAUAUUAAUAAUAAUAUUGAUGAUUCUAUUAAUGGAGAAGAAAGUAAAAUAUCUUUUUCAAUAGUUUUAUCAAAUGGUACAAUCAUUACAAAAAAAGAAAUUGAUGAAAAAUCCUUGCAAUGUUAUAAUGAAAAGGUUGAAUUAAUUUUUAAAGAGUUUAUGAUGUUGAAACAUAAAUAA